AUGGUUCUUGUUGUGAUCUUUGCCAUGGUCUUUGCCAUGAUUCUUGCUGUGAUUUUUGCCAUGGUCUUUGCCGUAGUCCUUGCUAUGGUUCUUGCUAUGGUCCCUGCCGUGGUUCCUGCCAUGGUCCUUAUUGUAGGUUUCUUUGCAGUAGAUUUAUUUGUAGUAGAUUUCUUUGCAGUAGAUUUCUUUGCUACGG